GUUGCAAUAUGGCAAUUUUUAAGGUUAUGUGACAGAUGUCAAAAAUAAAAUUUAAUUAAAGCAACUGUUUAAAGUUAAAAUUGGUAGGUAAACCAAAUUAAAGGGAAGGAGGAUAUACAAAAUGGGCGUCGUUAAAUUAAUAAAUUCAUUAGUACGAAAUUUUAGCCGCAGUACCACAAAUAUACAGGAAAUAACAGUUCCCACAUUCAGUAAUUUAAUGGUAAAUGUGCCAAGCAAACUACAUAUUGAAUCUUUGAAUGUUCAUAAAUAUCCUAAUUGUGAUAGGUUAAUAUUAGAAGAGAAUUUAGAACAUUGCAUUGAAGAUGAUAAUAUAAAAAUCACAAAUAAAAGUAAAGAUUAUAAUAACAAUUAUUGCUCCGCAAUUGUAGCCCCAAUUAAAGCAAAUUUAGAUGUUAAAUCCAAGAAAGAUGUAUUAGUGGGAUCCUUUAAUAAUGAUUUUAUUAAAGUUGAAAGUGAUAAUGGAAAUAUUUCUCUUAAAAACUAUUAUGGAGAUCAAUUGAAUCUUGUGACAAAUAAAGGAAAUAUUGAAAUUAAAGGGCCAGUACAAUCAAGUAAAUUUUUUGGAUCAGUUUAUAAAUCAGGGUCUAUAACAACAGGUAAAUUGCAUUGUUUGGAUGUACAUUUAAAAAUAAAUGAAGGUUUUAUAAAUAUAUCUUCUUCAUAUAGUGAAAAAAGUAAAUUUGAAGCUAACAAAGGAGAGUUACAAUUAAAUAAUAUUCAUAAAAACUGCACAAUAAUUUUAAAGAAGGGAAAACUAAACCUGGCUGGGUUUGAUGGUAAUUUAAAUGUAAUAGUAGAAAAGGGUGAUGCCAACAUACAAAUUUCAAGACUCAUAGAAAAUUCUGCAAUUAAAAUAGAAAAUGGAAAUUUAAAUUUAAAACUAUCAGAGGAAUGUCAGGAGACUUGCGAGUUUAAAAUAAAUUCAAAAAAUGUAAAAAUUGAUAACAGUAUGAAUGUAAAGAUACAAAACGACACUUAUAGUUUUCAAAAAGGUGAUAAAAGCGGAAAGUUAUCAAUUGAAUGUUUAAAUGGUGAUGUAAAUAUAGAAAGUUCAUCCUGGGAAGACCUUUUCAAGUCAAAAUUCAUUAAAAAAAUCUAAAUUAACUUAAAAUAUUUAUUCAUGAAAGUAAAU